GCGCAGUUGUACUAGACUAGUGCUGUUCACCGUUCAUUAUUAACGGUCAAAGGAAACUUUAUUUCCUUUAUACACGUUUUACUGUAUUAUCAGUUUCCUAAUGAAUAAACUCCGACCUGAGUAAUCUGAGGAGAUGGGAAAAUUAAACAUAAGAGAGCAGUCGCUCCUGGUCCAGGCAGUAUUCAGCCAGAAUGCUGAAAUGGUGGAAUUUUUGUUGGAACAAAUGGAAGAAGUGGAUGAAUUGGACCAAGAGUGCCGCACCGCCCUGCAUGCUGCAGCGUAUGUGGGUGGAGUUCAUAUCAUGGAGCUCCUCAUCAGUUCAGGUGCUAAUGUUAAUGCUAAAGACCAGGAGUGGUUGACUCCUCUGCAUCGGGCUGCUGCCUCACAGAACGAAGGGUCUGUUAGGCUGCUGCUGAAGAAGGGAGCAGAGGUGAACGCACAGGACAAGUUCUGUCAGACGCCUCUACAUGUAGCUGCAGCCAACAGAGCGACAAAGUGCGUGGAUGUCCUACUUUCUUACAUGAGCAGUAUGAAUGAAGCCGAUCGGUUUGGGAGAACUGCUUUACAUCACGCCAUCCACAGUGGACAUGCAGAUACAGUGACCCUGCUCCUAAAUAAAGGGGCCAACCUGAGUGCCAGAGACAUAAAGGACAGGCAGCCCAUCCAUUUGGCUGCUCAUCUAGGGCAUCUGGAGGUUGUGAAGCUCUUAGUAGCGUGCAGUGCUGAUGUGUCCUGCAGGGAUAAGCAGGGAUUUACCCCUCUACAUGCGGCAGCUCUUGGUGGACACACUGAAGUGGUCAAGUACCUCCUGAAACAUGGAGCACAGAUUGAUGAAGCAGAUGGUUCUGGUAACAGUGCUCUCCACAUGGCUUGUUAUGCUGGGCAAGAGGUUAUUGCAAGUCAGCUGGUUAACUGUGGUGCCAAUGUUAACUGUUCAAACAUACGUGGCUGCACACCGCUGCACCUGUCUGCUGUCUCCACCGACGGAGCAAUGUGUCUGGAGCUGCUGGUCAAUAACGGUGCAGACGUGAACAUUCCGAAUAAAGAUGGGAAGAGUCCUUUGCAUAUGACCGCCAUUCAGGGACACUUCACCCGUUCCCAGAUACUCAUUCAGAAUGGUGCAGAGGUGGAGUGUGUUGAUAAAUUUGGUAAUACUCCUUUUCACGCCGCUGCUAAACAUGGUCACGAGUUGCUCAUCAGUAUACUCUUGAAUAAUGGUGCGGACGUGGCCAGGCAAGGCAUUAAUGGGAUGACUCCAUUGCACUUGGCGGUGUUUUACGGAUUUUCAGACUGUUGUCGAAAGUUACUCUCCUCAGGGUUCGACAUAAACACGCUGGACAGCUUGGGAAGGACAUGUUUGCAUACAGCUGCUUCAGGCGGAAAUGUUGAAUGUCUUAAAUUGCUGUUGGACAGUGGUGCUGAUUUAAGUAAAAAGGACAACUUUGGAAGGUCUCCAUUGCACUAUACAUCAGUGAAUGGAUCAUAUCUGUGCACAGUGGCUCUGGUGAAAGCUGGAGCUGAUGUUAAUGAACUGGAUCUGAAUGGAUGCAGUCCACUGCACUACGCAGCUGCUGCCCAAACCUCACACAGUAGAGCUGAGCAGAACUGUCCUGACAAACAAUCCAGCAGUGAUAGUGAUGAGGAGGCUCUGUGGUGUUUGGAGUUUCUUUUGCAUAGCGGUGCUGAUCCAACGCUGCGGGACAGUAAAGGCUUCAGUCCAGUCCACUACGCAGCUGCCCGUGGCGACAAACACAACCUAAAAUUGUUAAUAGAAAUGUCUUUUAAAUGUGUGGAAGAUCUGGAGAGUUGCAUUCCUGUGAGCCCUUUACACUUAGCGGCAUAUAACGGUCACACUGAAGCUCUUCAGGUGCUCUCUGAAACACUGGUUAAUGUGAACAUGGAAGAUUCCAGGGGUCAUACGGCUCUGUAUAUGGCUGCUCUGAGAGGUCACGGCCCCUGUGUGGAGCUGCUGCUGCUUCAGGGGGCCUCGUAUGCCAUCAGGGAGCACAUCCACAGGUGGACACCCCUACAUGCUUCAGCUGCCAAUGGUCAAACUGACUGCCUGCUCAUGCUGUUGAAAAGAGCUGAAAAAAAUGACAUAAUUGACCUCAUGGACGUACAUGGACAGACUCCAUUGAUGUUGGCUACACUGGGCGGUCACACUGACUGUGUCCACAUGCUGCUUGAGAGAGGAAGUAAACCGGACACUGGAGACAGAAGAAGCCGUACUGCGUUACAUCGCGCAGCAGUAGUUGGUAAUGAAGAGUGUGUCUCAGCUUUGCUGGUGCAUGGAGCCUUCGCUCUGUGUCGGGAUGUUCAUGGCAGAAGCCCUUUGCAUUUGGCUUCCUCUUGUGGUCAUGCAGGACUAUUACGGCCCUUACUUGAUGCAGCAUCACUUUCAGACCCCCUCGACUCUCUGCUAGACUACAGUGCCUACACACCUACUCACUGGGCUGCUUACCAUGGGCACAUUGACUGUCUCGAAGUUUUACUUGAAUAUAGACCAUCAAGCUUCCAGGAAGGAAAUACCUUUACACCACUGCAUUGUGCACUAAUUACUGGUCAUGAUGGUGCUGCUCAACUGCUUGUUGAAACUAUGGGAACAAAGAUCAUGAACCUCAGAGAUGCCAAAGGAAGGACUCCACUACAUGCAUCUGCAUAUGUAGGAAAUAUGGCAGCGCUGCAGUUGGCGUUGACCUGCGGUUCAGAUGUAAACUCAGUUGAUUGCACAGGACGCUCUGCAUUAAUGAUUGCUGCUGAAAACGGCCAUACUUCUGCUGUCGACGUCUUGCUUCAUCGGGCCAGAGCGGACCUCUCACUGCUGGACAUCAACAGGAACUCAGCACUUCACAUAGCCUGUAGAAGAGGUCAUGAAAUGUGUGCUCUUCUCAUUCUGGCUGAGAUUGACGACCCCUCGCUCAUCAAUGCCACAAAUAGUGCACUUCAAACGCCUCUGCAUAUUGCAGCAAGAAAUGGUCUUGCCACCGUGGUUGAGGUGCUGCUUACUCGAGGUGCAGCGGUUUUGGCCGUAGAUGAAGAUGGUCAUACUCCAGCAUUGGCAUGUGCUCCAAAUAAAGAUGUGGCAGACUGCUUGGCUCUCAUCAUUUCCACUAUGAAGCCUUUUUCUGCUGGCAUCAGUCUGAUGAAGCACUGUGGCAUUGCUGUAUCCCAUCAGCCCUUGUCUAACAUACAGCUGAUUACAGAGGAACCGUAGGGCUGAGUGAACAUCGAACAAUAUAGGCUAACAAACUGCACCAUUAUUUUGAACUCCUUCCUAUCCAGACAGAAGGUAUUGGAAUAAACUGUCUAUUAUACAAUACUACACAACACUACUGUUUUAGCAUCAUGCAGUAUAUACAGUAUAUUCAUUUGUAGUGCAAUAAAUUUUUAACAAACGGCACCAUUCCAUUAUAUGCUGAAUUCCUCCUUAAUAACCAGCCAUAGAAAGUCACUUCUAUUAUUAGAGUACAAUAUCUGCUAUACAUGAGCAUAAAUGUAUUCAUUUGUGGAUGCAUGCAUGGGUACUAUAAAUAUGAAUUUAUUUACAGUGCCAUCACUUUUAUCUUAGUCUAUUACUAAGAUUUCCCAGCUUUCUUUGGACACUUUUUGUGCAUUUCUGAAAAUGGCAACAUGUCAAGUAUGAAUAAGAAAUAACAAUAGUUAUCCUCCCUACAAACUCCUGACAUGCCCUACAAAAAGUCAAAAUAAAAGUCUCCCGUUCACAGAAUAUGAGGUUUUUGCAUAUUUGUCAUCCUAUUGUACAGGUAUAAAUACUGUAAUUCAUAACAAUUUUAGCACUUCAAUUACCUAAACAAACAUUAACUAAAUUACACACAUAUUAUCACUAUUGCAAUUCAUGAUUUUGCUGUAACACUGAAAAUGACUGUCAGGGUUGCACUGUGCUUUUAUUUCUUUCAAUCAUCAUUUAUUGUUAGUAAACAGUUCUAGUAGACUUUAAUUAUCAUCUGAUACUGUUAAUAUGUUUUUAAUUUUACAGCAUUUAAUAGACAACAAUUGUUUAUAGGAGUAAAACUAAAGAAAAAUAAAUAAUUCUAUAUCUUACAUCUGCUAUUUUAUGACAGUGGGACUGAUCUGAUUUGCUGCUUUCAUUUUAAUAGCUCAUCUUGAGGUUCAGUAGACUGUCACAAACAACUAAACAAAAUAUGAACCAAUUUUCAUAAUAAAUCUCAUUUUAAUACUAAAUACAAAUUGGAAAUGUUUUUACAAUUAUGCAACAUAGUUGCAUGUUAAUCAUGAUGGUAUUUGCAAUAACCAUAGGGGUAUUACAGGACAGAUCAUUCCAGCCCUGGUUACUGGAUUGGUCAAAACUGUUUUCUAGCUGUGAAAAUUUCACAAUAUAUUAAUAGCUAUGAUGCAAAACUUCUGUUCACGAGCAGCCCAGCUGAUGUAACCAUUUCAUAUAAGCAAAAAGGCUCUCAAGGCGGUUCUGUAUUGUGAAUAUAAACAUAGCUAAUGACGCACUUUUGACUAUAUUUACCUUACUGCUUAAAUAUCGCAUAGAGGUUGAAGUUCUUGUCUAGUCAUCACAUGGUUUGUGGGUCAAACUAGGGGCAUGUGGUAGACUUAUGAAAUGAGGAGAAAUUAUUUUUUAUAAAUGUAAAAGGUUCCAAGUCAAAGACAUUGGAAAUCCAUCAGGCAAAAUUCCUCAUUGAGCAGAUUCCCA